AACCAAACAUAUAUAUUACGUUUAUCGAAUUUCACUGUAGGGAGUUCACAGCAUCUCUGACACCUCUGGUUUUUUAAACUUGUAUAUGUAUAAUUAGAUACCAGCACCGGACUUUCAAAGGGUCCUUAUUAUUCUAAUCCAAUCCCUGCAAUGGCAGCCAUAUUGAAGUUGGCUACUUUGUCGUCCAUCUAUGGGCGAUUUUAUCAUGUGUCAAUAUGCAAAGUUUAUAUCCGGUACGUAUAGAGUGCGUGGAAUAAACCGUAUUUUGAUUGUUACUGUGCUAUGGCCUAUCAUUAUGCAACAUUCGUGCAGUUUUGUUAUGAUUCUUGUUAGCAUAAACUUGAUAACCCUGUUAGUAUUUCCUGUUUAACAUGAUGCUGCAAACCUUUCAGAAAAAUAAUCAGAUGAGCUUCUGGGAAUUUUCCAUCGCAUGACAUGGACGGAUUACACUUACCGUGGUUCCUUUGUUACAUAUCUCAAGUUUUACGAUUACGUGCGAAAUUGGAACCGUUAAAAAAACCAUCUGUCUUUUUAAGAAAUUUACCCACAACCUACAUGUAUAUAUGUCAGAUUAAAGACCUUUCGCUGGAGGAAACUUCCAAUAUCCAGUUCACGCACGCCCUUCGUGUGUGUAUACAAAUAUACAUAUAUACAUAUGUUACAGUAACGAUCAACUUUGCAGAAGCAUGUAUCGUGCUGUGCUCCGACUCUGUAAGAAACAAGUAUUGGAAAAAUCAGUUCAAAGCUGGCAUCAAGAAUGUCGGGUACUUGGAUUGUCCGCUGAUUCCAAUUCAAAAAGAUUUACAAGCAACACAGCAUCAUCAGCAUCAAAGUCCAGUUAUGAGAGUCUGGUUGAAAGACGACUAUUUAUGAAGACAGCAUAUGCAAGCUCAGCAGAUGCCAAGGCCGCCGCUGUGACGACAGUUGACGGCGGCAAAAAUGUUGCAAUCAAAUGGGACGACGGAAGCGUAUCAAGAUAUCACAGUUUGUGGCUUCGUCAAUCUUGUCACUGUCCCUCCUGCCGCCAAUCCACCAACCAGCCCAUAGUGAUCUGGAAGGAUGUCGACGUCACUGUGUCAGCCGCCGAGUUGGACGGGGACAAGGUCAUCAAGGUCAUCUGGAGCGAUGACAAGAACCAUACAGGGUUAUUUCCCUUACCUUUCCUGAAGCACUACAGCUACUCUGACAAAUCACUGGCAGAAAUAAAUAAUCAGCGCAAGAUGAUCUUCGACUCUGAGGGUCAGAUUCCUGAGGUAACUUAUAGUGACGUUAUGGGCAGUGACACCGGUCUGUUCAAAUGGCUAAACAAGCUCGAUAAGUAUGGAAUAUGUCUGGUGAAAGACGUACCGACGCAGGCCAUGACUGUUAAAAAGGUGUUGGAGAGAAUUGCGCGUAUCCAAUCAACUGUAUACGGGGAGAUAUUUGAAGUGAUGGACACACCACAGCCUAUCAAUUUCGCCUUCUCACCCGUGAGACUGGAGUUACACAUGGACCAGCCUAUGUACGACUCUCCCCCGGGGCUUCAGUUCCUGCACUGUCUAAGAUUUGACAAAGAAGUGGAGGGAGGGCGUAACUUCUUGGUGGACAUGUUCCACGUGGCCCACAGGUUCAGAGAGGAGUACCCAAAAGAGUUCCAGGACCUUGUUCGGAUACCAGCCAACUGGGAAAGAGUUCACUACGAUAGAGCCCUUCCUGUUCAUAUGUCUUUCCAAACACCGCACAUAACCCUCAACAACGACGGAGAGAUUGUUGGCGUUAGAUGGAGUCCAUCUCUUGUUGGACCUCUGCACACAAAAGAGGAGGACGUGGAACCUUACUAUAGAGCUUACAAAGUCAUGGAACAUUUUCUUAACACUUUCCCAUUACAGUACCGACUCCGUAUGCAGGCAGGGGAUAUGAUCUCAUUCAACAACAGGCGUGUUCUCCAUGGGCGGGAGAGUUUUAACCCCAAUGAAGGCAUCCGGCAUUUCCAGGGAUGUUAUGUGCAGAUUGACGAGUUCAAGAGCCAGGUACAGGUGUUCUCUAACAAGUUUGGAGAUGGCAAACUGGCAACGAGAGUGGGCAACAUGGACAUGCAAUAGCUGAUGGCAAGCUAAAAAACCAUGUAGAAGGUGCUUGAACGUGAUGACCCACUCAAGCUUGAGUUACAUUGAGUUUCAUCAGUCGCGCACAUCUGACAUAUAUAUUAAUUCAAUUCUCAGUACAUUUACUGUACUUGUACCGAAACAAUGAACAUCAUCGAUUGCAUCCAUGCAUUCAUUGCAUCUAACUGUUACUGUACCGGAACCAACAUCAGUGUAUUGUUCAACCUAUUCUUCCAUCGAUACAUCAACAUAAUUAUGAAAACCUGAUCGAAUAAAGCUAAAAACCUUUUUGACUGCAA